AUGGCUAAAGUUCAUGGUUCUCUAGCUCGUGCUGGUAAAGUCAAAUCUCAAACCCCAAAGGUUGAAAAAACUGAAAAGCCAAAAAAGCCAAAGGGCCGUGCUUACAAGAGAUUGUUGUACACCAGAAGAUUCGUAAAUGUCACAUUGAUUAAUGGUAAGAGAAGAAUGAACCCAGGUCCAUCCGUCCAAUAA